AUGAGGAACAUCGCAAAAUGGCGCUGCCAACUAACAAAGUAUAACAUUGAGUACGUGUCCCGUACGUCAGUCAAAGGGCAAGCAAUCGCCGACCACCUAGCAGAAUUCCCGAUUAAUGACGACACACCGAUAAAUGCCGACUUCCCAGACGAAGGAAUCCUUCGAGUAGAUGACGAGAAGGAUGAGCCAACAUGGAAGAUGUACUUCGACGGGGCGGUCAAUUCUACAGGCUCCGGAGUUGGGGCGGUGUUGAUAUCCCCGGACAGACGCCAUUAUUCGGUUGCUGCAAAAGUGGACUUCUCUUGCACCAAUAACGUGGCCGAGUACGAGGCAUGCAUUCUCGGUCUGCGAGAGGCAAUCGACUUCAAGGUAAAGGGGUUGAAAGUAUUCGGUGACUCCAUGCUCACGAUCUUCCAAACGCUGGGGCAAUGGAAAACAAAGGACGCAAAGUUAGUCCCAUACCAUGAGUAUCUCGAGGAGUUAGCAAAAAGCUUUGAGAAGAUCUCAUUCACCUACACUUCGCGUACGAAGAAUCAAUUCGCAGACGCGCUCGCAACACUCGCAUCCAUGGCGAGCAUCACAAAGGGGAACCUCAUCGAGCCCCUUGAGAUCAGGAUCGCCAAAGGUCUGGCCCAUUGCAACGCAAUCGAGACAACCGACGCUAAGCCAUGGUACGAGGACAUCAAGCACCUCCUGUAA